AUGCGCUUCAUUCCAGGACUUCAACACAAUCCUCCGUAUCUAGCCGCUUCAAGGCUAGAGAGAGUGUUACCGGUCACUGCGACCCAUAGGCAAAGGCUCCAUAUUCAGCACAUUCCAUCACGCCGAUACAAAGCGGUGCCCGCGGCUAUCGCACGUAUCCGCUAUAACAGACUCAACGCAUUCACGCCAUUGCCUACGAAUAUUGCCUUGCUGGACAUUGAGAUCAUCCCGUUUGUGCAGGUAAAAGCUACUGUGGACAGUGUGGACCUCUCGCUCAAGAGUGGUCGUGUCGAAUCACUUAUGCCAGGGUUUCUACCCAUGCAAUGUCAAUCCGGCAACUGUCUCACAUUUAUCCACAAACUUCAUCAGGAUCUUAACAUAAACAGCUCGCCCAUUUUGUCACUUUCAAACCCUAACAUCGACGUGCUGUCCAUCAAGAUUCAGAUAUCGAUCUAUUCAACCGAAGAGUGUCGGCCGGUGAUCAGCAUGGAUUGGACAACGCACGUGGACUUCACUCAAGCACUUAAUCCAUCGUUUGGUCCUCCUUCGCAGCCAAUCCAGAGACCAAAUCGACCGACAAGCCUACCUGUCAAUGGGACCGACGGUACCGCUGCAGUGGUAGUUAAUACCCCGAGUCUGCAGCCAACAUCCGACGUAAUCGCGAGGAGUGGCUUGUCCAUAUCCUUUACCGCUUCGAGCACCCAAGCCCUCGUUGGGAAACCUUUCAGCUGGAAGGUGUUGGUGGUUAAUAACUCCAUAAAGGUUGCCAAAAUAACUAUCAUCCCAUUGCCACGUGUACAAAAACAGACAACCCAGGCACAGUCAAUUGCGAAAAGACAUGCUCCAAAAUCGUCUACUGCAUCUUUCCAUCCAAGUGAGAGGCGACAUACAAAGAGCGAAGACGAUGUGGACGUUGCACAGGCAAUAGUAGACGAAAAUGUGGUCUACGCCAUGCAUCACGCGAACGUUGUCCCACCAGAGACUGACCUUAUGGCUCUGACCGCCGAGCUGAGAAUCGGGCCUCUUGGUCCCGGACAGUGUCAUGAGAGCGAGAUACAAAUGGUUGCUUUCGAAACCGGAUCCAUGAGAGUUGACGCUAUGAGGAUCGUCGAUCUGGUCAAAGAAGCAGAGCUGGGCACCGCCGCUCCGGGAGUCGUGAUUGACGUCAGAGACUUACCUGAUAUUGUUGUCAGUAACUCAUCUGAACCGGAACCAUAG